AUGUUUCCCGUCCGCAACCCGCGUGAGUGCGGAGUCCUCCUUCCUUGCCAAAAGGAGCAGGCCCUGUGGCUGCACCUUGCACUUCCAUUCGGGUCUACUGGCUCGGUGUGGAGUUACGUUAGAAUCGCAGAUGCCUUGACUUUCGUGGCACUCACACUACUGAUGCUCCCUACUGCCCAUUACGUGGACGACUUCUUUCAGGUCGAGCCAACCUCAGUAGCCGAGUCAGGCUUUCAAGCGUUCCAACAGCUCAGCAGGCUGUUAGGUCUGCGAAUGAAAGAAUCGAAAGCUAAGCCGCCUUCGCAAGACCAGACACUUCUGGGAGUUAGGUCACUUGAGCUUUUGUUACAGCUUCUACCCCAGCUUCGACCAGUCCGCAUCCCCUUGCAGCUUUCAGCCCAGGGGCUCAAGUUCGCCAUUGUGUAUGCUGAUGCAUUCAUCAACCUAGGUGGCAUUUCGAGGUGCGCAAAUAGAUGGCUGGCAGACUCCCCGCCGCUAGAGGUCCUAAGAGACUCUUCCAACGGCAUAGGAGUGUGCGUGAUCACGCAGAGACGUCGGUUCGCUUUUCGCACUGAGGUACCGACCCACGUGUUGGCUAAGGCAGCAUCCACUAAGGCUUUCAUCUUUUGGCUGGAGGCAGUUGCACAAUUGCUGGCGCUUGCGGCCCUGUACGAGGAUAACCCUGACUUUGUGGUUUGCUUUGUAGACAACACGGCCGCGGAGCACGCGCUCAAUAAAGGCCACACCAAAGACCCCGCGUUCGCAUGGUUGAUAGGAGCCUUUUGGGUCUGGGCCGCUGAGGCAGGAUGCCUGCCGAUGUUCCAUCGAGUAACAUCCGCAGCUAAUCUGGCAGACGGCAUAUCACGUGGCGACUUGUCGCUCAUGGAAUCCUGCCAGUUCGCUCUGUGUGAGUACAAGCUCGACGAUGUUUGGCAAAUCCUGCUCCGGUUGCAGAGCCAGCCAGAGAACCUCGAGCAGUGGCAGUUCGCGGAAGUGGUUCGCUCCCUCAGCCGGGGCCUGCUUACCCCAACGUCUCAGUGA